AUGAGCGACCUGCAGCGAGCAUGGGCCAAAGCCAAGUUCGGCAUAUCUAACGAUUCCUUUGACGAGCUUGAGGAGCAGCAAGAGAAUGAUAUGCUCCCUGAGCUGCCAGAGCCUGUUGACGAUGACUCUUCCUCAGCCUCGUCGGCAUCGUCCGUCUCCUCGACAGGAACUAUCAUACCAUCACCCAACCAGAAGCUGUUUGCUCGUCCUCAAGGAGUCGCCCGCGGCAGGACCCUGGAGCAGAUUCCUUGGACAACCUACUUUGAGCGCGAGUUGACCUUGAAGUCAGAGCAAGAUCCGGAAGUAGUAUAUCAUGCUUAUCUCACCUCGCCGGUGGGUAAGGGGCCAUUGUUUGUGAUGCAUCAUGGAGCAGGAUCUUCCGGGCUAUCGUUUGCUGUUAUGGCUUCUGAGAUACGGAAGCGUUUGUCGACUGCCGGUAUCCUGGCCAUCGACUGUAGAGGCCAUGGGUCAACUUAUGCACCUGGAGACAAGGCACUGGACAUGAGCUUAGAAACACUAUCGUCGGACCUUUUCAAUGUUGUACAGCUUACAAAGACUGAGAUGGCGUGGUCAGAGAUGCCCCCGAUAGUGCUCGUGGGACACUCCUUAGGCGGAGCUGUGGUAACAGAUCUGGCCAAGUCAGGCAAACUGGGAACAUCAGUCUUGUGCUAUGCGGUGCUGGAUGUUGUCGAAGGCUCUGCCAUCGAUGCCUUACAAAGUAUGCAAACUUAUUUAUCUACGAGACCACUGGGCUUCGCGACGCUGCAGGCAGGCAUCGAAUGGCACAUCCGCUCGCGAACGAUACGCAAUUCCAUAUCUGCUCGAACUUCCGUUCCUGCACUGUUAGUAUUUGACGAGAACGAUGACCCGACGAGGCCGUGGAAAUGGCGGACUAACUUGGGCGCGACUCAGCCUUACUGGGAAGACUGGUUCGUGGGUUUGAGCAAGAAAUUUUUGGGGGCUAGAGGAGGAAAGCUGCUACUGCUCGCUGGGACAGACAGACUGGACACCGAGUUGACCAUUGGCCAGAUGCAGGGGAAGUAUGCGUUGCAAGUUUUCCCAGAGGCCGGGCACUUCAUUCACGAAGACUUGCCGGAGAAGACUGCCAUAUCGCUAGUCGACUUCUUCCGCAGAAACGAUCGGAGCGCUCUCGUACUUCCCCCGAAAGUCUCAGAGCUUCUCAAGCAGGGCAAGAGAGUGUGA